AUGAUUGCUUUCAGUUUUCUUAUUCUUAUUGGGGUCUUUUUUAGGAUUAUCGAAGCCUAUAAUCGACCAAACCAUUUUGGAAAUCCAUGUGUGAUGUGUAAAUGUUUCGUGGAAUAUACAGAUCGUGAUAUGCCAAUUUCCCUUAAACCGUAUGGAGUUGCAAAUGAUAGUUACAGUAGUACGGAGGAUCAAUGCUUGGUUACUUGUCUUAAAGAUACAAGAUGUAAAACAGUUGUUUAUGGAUUAAUUGGUGGACGUGAUAUUUUCACGUGCGAACUUUAUGAGUCAGUGACUGUAAAUCAGCUUAUUUAUGUCCCAAAUGUAAACAUUUAUUUGCCAAAGAGGAAAUCUGAUUGUAAAGUGUACUAUGAACAUAUACAAAGUUUAAAAAUAUUAAAUCGACAAGAAGAAGUAAUCAAACGGAAAAUGACUUAUCUCAUUUUACUCGGACAACGAAAUCAUUUUGCAUUUGGCUGA